AUGGGUGAUUUCUCAACUGAAAUAUGUAGAUGUCUGCUAGCCCUUUUGGGUUUUGAUUUCAGUUUUUUGGUUUUCUCAGGUGAGUCUUCAAGGGAACACCUCAAUAACGUAAGCAGCAAGUUAAAUAUAAAUGAGGAAUAUAAGGAAGCUUUCAGAACAAAAUCUUACAUAGAAAUCUGGGGCAAAGUUCAAUCCCAGAUGAGAAGAACAACUGAAGAUAAGCUCUCUUUAUCUCCUUUUCCUUCUUACAAACACCUCUCUGAUUACUUGCUUGAGCCUCAGCAAGAGAUCCUAAUCGACAUGAUUGGGAACUCCAAUGUCCAUCUCCAUCGACUCCUAAUCGAUUACUUCGAAUGCAGCUUAGAAGCAACCAAGAUAUGUGGAUUGCUCCUUCAAAGCGUCGAUCAAACACGUGCCGAUUAUCGAAGAAUUCAAAGUAUCAUCAACCCGACAAACAGAGUAUCAGACUUCAGAAAUUACACAGAUGACCAAUGCAGAGUCAUAUUUGGAGAGCUCAAUUCAUUCUCAAAGGGUGAGAAUCCACUCUCAUGUUCUACUAGUCCACUACAAUUCAGUUCAAUCCAUGAUAGAUAUGGGUUGAUGCUUGAUCAACUAAUGUUGACACAUAAAAAGAUUGCUAGGAGAGCAAAAUUCAUUAGCUUAUCCAAGAAAGUUGCAGGAUUGAGCCUUGGAAUCGCUUGUGGUGCACUUGCAAUUGCAAUAAUAGUCCUUGUGGUGCACAGCAUUGUAGGACUUGCAGCUUCACCAGCCAUAUUCACUGUUUGUUUAGCUGGCUUGAAAAAGAGGAUUAAGUCUGCUCGAAUGGCGCUUAAUUCGAGCACACUUGCCAGGCUUGGUGCACAGCUUGAUGCAGCAGCUAAGGGGGUGUAUAUAUUGAAUAGGGAUCUGGACACUAUGAGUAGGCUUGUCAUGAAGUUACAUAAUGAGAUAGAGCACAGUAAGACUAUUGCCAAGAUGUGUGUGAAGAAUCAGAAGAGGCAAAUGUUGAUUGAGGUGCUGAGGGAUUUUAAAAGCAGUGAGUCCUGGUUCCUGGAGCAGCUAGGGGAGCUAGAAGAUCAUGUGUGCUUGUGUUUUCUAACCAUCAACAGAGCUAGAAGGCUUGUUAUACAGGAAAUAAUGGUGCAGCCACUGACCCAUAUAGAGCAACCUAAUGAUUCCAAUCUUAAUCAUGAUGAAGGCAAUGAUCAUGAUGAUAACAGGUUAAGCAGCUUAGAGAUUAGUUCCACGUUUCAACCGUGA